AUGUGUUUGGGUUUCUUCUCCUUAGUCCCUGGCUCAACCUCUUCUGGCAUAAAUGUCAGCAUGGCUGUAUCUGCCAGCCUUUUGUUGAGUGAGAGGGCAGAGAUGAACAUCCUAGAAAUCAACCAAGAAUUGCGCUCGCAGCUGGCAUAGAGCAACCAGCAGUUCUGAGACCUCAAAGAGAAAUUUCUUAUAACUCAAACUAUUGCCUACUCCCUGGCCAACCAGCUGAAGAAGUACAAGUGUGAAGAGUGCAAAGACCUCAUAAAAUCUAGGCUGAGGGAUGAGCUGCAGUUCAAGGAGGAGAAGCUGGCAGAGAAGCUCAGGCAAGCUGGAAAGCUCAGGCAAUAUAAAGUCUCUGUUCACUCCCAGGCCCGAGAGCUGGCCCAGUUACAGGACAAGUUACGGGAAGGGAGAGAUGCCUUCCUCUUACUGAAUCAGCAUCUCAAGGCCCUCCUCACUCCCGAUGAUUCUGACAACUCCCAGGGGCAGGACCUCUGAGACAGGCUGGCUGAGCACCUUGUCCACAAGCUCAGCCCAGAUAAGAAUGAUGAAGGUGAUAGUGAAAAUGAUAAAGAUGAAGAGAUUCAUAAAGGAUGAGAAUCACCUGCCCCCAGGGAGGUGCAGAAGGCUGAAGAAAAGGAAGUCCCUGAGGACUCACUGGAGGAAUGUGCCGUCACUUGUUCAAAUAGCCACGGCACUUAUGACUCCAACCAGCCACACAGGAACACCAAAAUCACAUUUGAGGCAGACAAAUUUGACUCUGGGCUGGUUGUAGACAGUGAAUCCUCUCAUGAUGAAUGGGAGGAUGCUCUACACAUUCUCCCAGAAAAUCAAAGUAAUCACGAGGAAGAGGAAGAAAAAGGGCCAGCGUCUCCCAGGAAUCUGCAGGAGUCUGAAGAGGAGGAAGCCCCUCAGGAGUCCUGGGAUGAAGGUUAUUCGACUCUAUUAAUUCCUCCUGACAUAUCUGCCUUGUACCAGUCUUACAGGAGCACCUUUCACUCAUUAGAGGAACAGCAAGUUGGCUUGGCUCUUGACAUAGGUAGACCUCAGUGUGAUCAAGUGAAAAAGGACUAUCGAGAGGCAACAUGUCCCAGGUGACUCAGCAGGGAGCUGUUGGAAGUGGAAGAGCCUGAAGUCUUGCAGGACUCACUGGAUAGAUAUUAUUCGACUCCUACCAGUUAUCUUGAACUGCCUGACUCAUGCCAGCCCUACAGAAACUUUUACUCAUUGAACGAACAGCAUGUUGGCUUGGCUCUUGACGGGGACAGAAUUAAAAAGGACCAAGAAGAGGAAGAAGACCAAGGCCCACCAGGCCCCUGGCUCAGCAGUGAGCUGCUGGAAGGGGAAGGGCCUGAAGUCUUGCAGGACUCACUGGAUAGACGUUAUUUAACUCCUUCCAGUGAACUGCGUGACUCAUGCCAGUCCUACAGAAGUGCCUUUUACUCAUUGGAGGAAUAGCAUGUUGGCUUGGCUCUUUACGUGGACAACAUUGAAAAAAAUCAAGAAGAAGAAGAAGACCAAGACCCACCAUGCCCCAGGCUGAGCCCGGAACUGCCAGAGGUGGAGGAACAGGACGUCCCACAGGACUCCCUGGAUGAAGUUUACUUGACUCCUUCACUCCCCCAUGACCUGUCUGACUGCCAGCAACCUUACAACAGCACGUUGUACUCAUUGGAGGAUCAGCUCACCUGCUUUGCUCUCGAUGUAGCCUCUCCCACCCAGGCGGCCUGUCCUUAUGGACCUUGGAGUGGAGACUUGAGCCACCACCUGUCAGAGGUGCAGGCUUCACAGCCACAGCCAGAGCCAAGAACCCUGGUGCCCAGUUGUCUGUGACUGCAACUGGAUCAAGGGUUUGACUGUGGCUAUGGCUUAGCCAGGUGGGGCGUUUCCUCCACUACCUGCAGCUUCACAGCCAACGCUGAUCCUGGGAAGCAAUGGCCCUUCCAAGAGCUGGGUUUAGAGCCUUCCCGAAUGAAGAACCCUCCCCAGCUGGAAGGGGAUGCUCUUGAAGGCUCAGCUGACAACACACAUGGGCAUCAAGUCAUUGGCCACAUUCAUGCCUCAAGUGUCCUAAAACCGAAUAUGAUCAAAAGAAAACUGCUGUUCAGCAAGUGGAGACUGGCAUGCAGAUUCCCUGGCCUGCAAGCUUAGUGUAAAAAGAUACCAAAUACUGCUGGAAGAAUGAAAAGGAUGAAAGGAUGUCAUCAAAGUAGUUUUUUCACUUGAUGGAAAAGACUAAAACAGCAAAGCAAGUUCAAGAUCAAACACAACACCACAGGGAUCCUUUGAUGAGAAGUGAACUUAAGACCAUGAAAUGCUGUUGAUGAUUUUAACCCACCAGGCUCCUUUGAUUUGAGAAGCCACAGCCCUUCCCCCUCCAAUUGUGAUCAACUGUGAUCAGUACCUAAAGAGACUGAUGCCCAGAUGAACAAACAGCAUUGAGAGGCCUUAGCCCUGCUCCUCUCAAUUCCUAUCCCGUAGAGAACAGGAGUCAGGAGCCGCUGGCAGGAGACAGCAUGUCACCCGGGACUUUGCCAGUGCAGAAUAAGAACAAUGCCACGUUCUUGCUGAAAGCACUUAGCCUGAGUUUCAUAGGAGGUAAUCACCAGACAACUGCAGAAUGUAGAACACUGAGCAGGACAACUGACCUAUCUCCUUCACACAGUCCACGUCACCAUGAAUCACACAACAAAAAAGAGAAGAGACAUUUUGGGUUGAAAAAGAUUGAAAAGAUAAUGUAGCUACACUUCUUUAGUCAUUUUGAACCCAAAGCAUCUCAUCUUUUUAUUGUUGUCACUGAUGGUGGUGACAUGGAUUUGUUUGUAGAGGACAGGUCAGCUGUCUAGAUCAUGGUCUACAUUCUGAAGUUGUCUGAAAAUGUCCUUAUGAUUAAAUUCAGCCUAAACAUUUUGCUGGGAACACUGCAGAGUCAAUGUGGUGAGUUUCCUACCUCAGCCCAUCUGCAGGCAGAGAAGGUCUAGUUUGUCCAUCACCAGUAUCAUGAUACCAGGACUGGUCAGUUGGUUAAGGAGGGGCCUAGGAGAUCUUUCACUUGUAAAGACUCCUUAUUUAUAAUUCAUUUGGAAAGUGGUUUGAAAAAGUAUAAAUAUCUUGUAUUCUAACGAUC